AUGCGAAGGGGACAACUGCUUGAUGCCGAUGAUGAACAAGAAGAAGAUGACGACGAUGAUGAUUUUGACGCUAACGUUGUAGCUGAUGAAUUAAACGAAGUGCACAUAGACGAUGUGAACAACGUUAACGACGAAAGUGUGAGUCUGGCAGUUCGCAAAGUCAAGAGUGAGUGUAAUAACUCCAAUAACGAUAACAAUGAGGACGAUGGGGAUGAUGAAGAUAAUAAUGACGAUGACGACAACGAUGAAGAUGACGACGAUAAUAACAAUGACGAUGAUAGUGAUAUAAACGAUGACGAAGAAGAUAACAAUGAUGAACACGAGGACGAUGAAGAAAAUGAUGAUGAAGUCGAUGACGUCGAAAAUGGCGAUAAAAAUAUUGACAAUAACGAUGACGACAAUAACGAUGACGAUGACAAUAAUAAUGAAGACGAUGAUGAAGAUAAUGAUGACGAAUAUGAUGAAAAUAAUGAUGAUGAGUACGAUGACGAUGAAGAAAAUGAUGAUGAAGUCGAUGACGUCGAAAAUAUUGACGAUAGGGCGCUGAGUGCGAUUAACAGUUUGAAAUCGCUAAUUACAAUGAAGCCUGUCUUAAAAAUAUUCAACCCAAAACACGAAACCGAAUUGCACACGGACGCAUCGAUUGAUGGAUUUGUUGCUGUCCUGCUCCAGAAAUCACCUGAUGAUGGAAGUAUACACCCAGUAUACUACAUGAGCAAAAACUUCAGAUGCUGA